UUUUUCUUUCUUUUUCCAUCUUCGAUUGCAUGAUCGUCGCUCGCGAGCUCCUCCGUCGCGAAAAUCUCAGUGGUUGCUAGUGGUUGUGCAAAAUGGUGAAGCUAACGAUGAUAGCACGUGUGACUGAUGGUCUUCCAUUAGCUGAAGGAUUGGAUGAUGGUCGUGAUCAAAAGGAUUCUGAAUUCUAUAAGCAACAGGCAAAGCUACUAUUCAAGAAUUUGUCCAAAGGGCAUAAUGAAGCUUCUAGAAUGUCACUUGAGACUGGUCCUUACUUGUUCCAUUAUAUCAUUGAGAACCGUGUUUGUUAUUUGACAAUGUGUGACCGUUCCUAUCCCAAGAAGCUUGCGUUUCAAUAUUUGGAAGACCUUAAAAGUGAGUUUGAGAGGGUCAAUGGAAGUCAAAUUGAAACUGCUGCAAGGCCAUAUGCUUUUAUCAAAUUUGAUACAUUCAUACAGAAGACAAAGAAGCUGUACUUGGAUACUCACACCCAGAGGAACCUAGCAAAGCUGAAUGAUGAACUCUAUGAAGUUCACCAAAUAAUGACCCGCAAUGUGCAGGAGGUUCUUGGUGUUGGUGAAAAGUUAGAUCAGGUUAGUGAAAUGUCAAGUAGGUUGACAUCUGAAUCUCGCAUCUAUGCAGACAAGGCCAGAGAUCUAAAUCGACAGGCUUUUAUACGGAAAUGGGCUCCAGUUGCAAUUGUGCUUGGCAUUGUCCUGCUGCUCUUUUGGGUCCGAACAAAGAUCUGGUGACUGAAAUGCAACAACUCCCAGAGGAUUUUCUUCACAAACUCUAUCUAGAUUUUCCGAUGACCUAAUUGAACCAUGCAGACAUCUAGAUUGGUCCUCGAGUUCUCUCCUAAUCGUUUAAUUGCACAUUUGAGGAAACCCUAUUUAGGCAGAAGAUAUCAAAAAUCUUAUUCUUUCUCCCUUUACCUACACCAGCGUCAUUAUAAACUGCAUUCCAAUUUUAGCUUAGACUUGCAAAAAUUACAAGAGAUAGUGCAGUUGAUCAUUUUGUUCAACUUGAAGAACAGAAAUUUUUUCCAACGUAGUUGCUGCAAUAUGUUUGUGGCCAUGUGCAUGCUGUUCCUAAUUUA